UGUUUUUCGGUAGAAUAUUUUUUAGCGUAUUUUGCAUCCGUUGAUUGUAUUGCGCUACUGAAAGAAUUUUUAGGUAUUUUUGUGACAAAAAAACAUUUAUUUGAUGGGUCAAUUACUCAUUUGAUGCUAGAGUUUCUAGUAUAUUUCGUCUUAGAAUUCGAUAAUAAGCUAGACACUUUUAUCUACUAGCGGCCCGAGGUUGUCACGGGAAAAGCGCUGGGCCGAAAUCAAUAGUACUUCAAGAUGGGGUACUACAAUAGCUACCUGUACUCUGCUGGAGGACUCUACCUCUUUGUCCUCACUGUUAUUGCACUCUACUACCUUCUUACUGGCCAGGGAGAACGCAUUGACUUUGGAUGGUUCCUCACCAACACCUCGCCGUACAUGUGGGCGGCCACCGGCGUCGGCCUGGCCGUGGCACUCUCGGUGGUCGGCGCUGCCCUCGGCAUCUUCACCACGGGCGUCUCGGUCAUGGGCGCCGGCGUGCGCGCGCCGCGCAUCAAGACCAAAAACCUGGUGUCCAUCAUCUUCUGCGAGGCGGUCGCCAUCUACGGCCUCAUCGUGGCCAUCGUGCUCUCCGGCAUGAUCGACACGUACGACCUGGAUAAGGUGGCGAAGAAUCCGUUGAUUCUGGACAACAACAUCUACUCGGCCCACCUGAUCUUCUGGUCGGGCGUCACUGUCGGCUUCGUGAAUCUGGCGUGCGGCAUCUGUGUCGGCACCGUCGGGUCCGGAGCGGCGCUGGCUGACGCCGCCGAGGCCUCGCUGUUCGUGCGCAUCCUGAUCGUGGAGAUUUUCGGCUCGGCCAUCGGUCUGUUCGGCCUGAUCGUCGGCAUUCUCCAGGUGUCUCAAGUGAAGAUGGGUAACGCAGCCGCCUAGGCAGCUGGCUGUUCCACUGCUGGUCCGUGCAAUGGUGCCGCGUCUCGCGCUGACGGGCGCGGUUCGGACACGCCGCCCGCGGCGCACCUCCGACUGACGCGGCCGGCCCGUCGAACAACCCGCGCGGAUUGUGGCAGAUCAAGAUUGUGGCCGCCGCCACACGUGCCAGUGAUCUGUCAGAGCGAGAAAAAUGGAAUGGUGGACCGUAUGUGUGUGUACAGGGUGUGUGCCUAAUCAGCGUUAUAUGUGUAUAUAGGUAUAAUAUAUAUCAUCAGUUGAGGAAGGCGGCUGGCGCCCGGCCGCCGUGUGAACAUUCCGCAUUCGCUCCCCCCCCCCCCCCCCCGUAGUCGGUCGGCUGGUAAAGAGCGCUACCUAAUCCGCGUCCGUGUCUGUAUGUAUCGUGCAAAUAAAUCAGCCAUCGGUGUCACA